AUGUCUGACGAUUUUAUACCCUUAAACCAAAGUACACCUGUACAUGGAAAAUGGCAAAGAAGAAAUCAAAACCAAAGGCAGUAUAAUAAUCGUUACCAACAUAUUGGACCACGGAGAAGUUUUUAUAAUCAAAAUAGAUGGAGUAAUAAUUCUAUGAGAAAUAGUAGCUUUGGGACUGACUCCAACUGUAGCUAUGGUCAAGAUACUAAUCAAAGUAGCAUUGAUGCAUAUCUUCAUCCAUCCAUGCUUGAAGACCCAUGGGAAAAGUUGAGGCAGAGAAACAAUUCAAAUUAA